UGUGUAUGUGUGUAUGCGAGAUGAGAGAGAGAGGAGAGAGAAAGUCUUUUACCUCUGACCAGUCUCCACCCAUAAUAGCCUGCCAUCCAGGAGGGAGUGGCUGACCGAGGGAGGGGACAGAGAGAGAGGGAGAGGGAAAGCCGGAGAGCUCUGCGGUAGCAGUCAGUGCAAGAACCAAAGCAGAGAAGGCGAAAAGAAGGCAGACGGAGAAAAAAAAAUAACACUGGAAUUAGGAGAUAAGAAAUAAAAUAAAGGAGAAAGAGUGAGAAAGAAGACUGGACAAUAAUUUCAGACCGGGACAGAGGAGACUGAAAGAGAGAGAGGGGGGAAAAGACAGAAACACGAAUUAAAAGAAGUCUUGGACUUCACAUUGGAGACAAAUGUCUACGUGUGGAUUGUUGCUGCUGCUGUGAUCUGUCAUUCCUCUUCACAGUGUGUGUGUGUGUUGUUGAGAGACUGAGGAGAGUGUGUGUGAGCCUGUCGUUCCUCUGGAGUCUACGGGACCAUGGCACCUGUCAGGAAUGGAUGAACUUGAGGACUCUUGAAAGGACUCAAGGAAGAGAAAAAAAAACUAAAAAAGGCUGAAAGAGUAAAAGCUUUCACUGUAGAGUGGAAACUCCACAUCCACAGCAUCACUGUAUCAUCGAGCAGGAGAACUGACAGCCAUCACGGCAACAGCUACCGCGAAAACCAGCAUCCCAUUCGACCAUCUGUGUGGCAGCUGUCUGCAGUUUAAAACUGACGAGAGGUUCUGGUGUUCCUCAGAAGAUGAUGACCAUGAUGAUGAUGAUGUGCAGCUCGCUGGUCCUGCUCGGGCUUAUUGGUGUCAGUUCUUCAUCCAGUGGAAGUUCACCUUCUUCUCCCCGGAUGAAGCUUUCUUAUAAAGACCUCCAGCAGUUUAACGGCAUUAAGCGCUUUGACUUGGAGCGUUCGUGUUGUUUUAGAGCUCUCCUAUUGGACGAGGAGAGGGGGCGACUAUUUGUUGGAGCUCGUAACUUUCUGUUAUCUCUCAGUCUCGACAACAUCAGUAAACAGGAAAAGAAGAUCUACUGGCCAGCACCUGUUGAUUGGAGAGAAGAAUGCAACUGGGCAGGGAAAGACAUCAAUACGGACUGUGUAAACUAUGUGAAAGUGCUACACCACUACAAUCGGACACACUUGUACGCCUGUGGGACAGGGGCUUUCCACCCCUCCUGUGCUUAUGUGGAGGUGGGACAGAAGAUAGAGGAUCAUGUGUUUAAAAUCGACCCCUCUAUGGUCGAAGAUGGAAAAGGAAAGAGUCCAUACGACCCACGCCACACAUCGGCAUCUGUUCUAAUUGGUGAUGAGCUUUAUGCCGGUGUGGCCACUGAUUUAAUGGGACGGGACUUUACUAUCUUUCGAAGCAUGGGACAAAGGCCCUCCAUACGAACAGAACCGCAUGAUUCUCGCUGGCUCAAUGAGCCCAAGUUUAUAGCAGCAGUUGGUGUUCCAGAGAGCGAGAAUCCUGAUGAUGAUAAAGUCUUCUUCUUCUUCAGAGAAACGGCUGUAGAAGCUCAGGGAUUUGGGAAGGUUACAUAUUCCCGGAUUGGUCAGCUGUGCAGGAACGAUAUGGGAGGACAGCGCAGCCUAGUUAAUAAGUGGACGACAUUUCUAAAGGCUCGUCUGGUGUGUUCUGUACCAGGCAAUGAUGGCAGUGAAACACAUUUUGAUGAACUUAGGGAUGUGUUCCUGCUGCAGACCCGUGACCGAAAGAACCCGCUGAUCUACACCGUCUUUACCACCUCAAGUAGCGUGUUUCAAGGUUCUGCGGUGUGUCUCUACACCAUGAAUGACAUUCGCCGGGCAUUUUUAGGACCUUUUGCCCAUAAAGAGGGAUCCAAUUAUCAAUGGGUUCCAUUCCAGGGUAAAGUGCCGUACCCUCGGCCAGGCAUGUGUCCCAGUAAAACCUUUGGGAGUUUUGAGUCCACUAAAGGUUUCCCUGAUAAUGUAAUCCAGUUUGCAAGGCACCAUCCAUUAAUGUUUAAUCCAGUCACUCCACUGGGAGGCCGGCCGCUGUUCCUGCGCACUGGAAUCCCAUACACCUUCACUCAGAUUACUGUAGACCGGGUCAACGCAGCUGAUGGACACUACGAUGUAAUGUUCAUCGGCACAGAUAUCGGCUCUGUGCUGAAGGUGAUCUCUGUGCCCAAGGGAAGCUGGAGUAACACAGAGCUUCUGCUAGAGGAGCUUCAGCUCUUUAAGGAUUCUUCAUCUAUUAUCAGCAUGCAGAUUUCCUCUAAACGGCAACAGCUGUAUGUUGGCUCGGACACAGGUGUUGUCCAGGUGCCUCUGCACCGCUGCAGUAUGUACGGUAAAGCUUGUGCCGAGUGCUGUCUGGCUCGAGAUCCAUACUGUGCCUGGGACGGACACACCUGCACACGCUACCUGCCAAACACAAAACGGAGGUUCCGGCGUCAGGAUGUGAGGAAUGGGGAUCCUAAUGCACUCUGCUCAGGAGACCAUCAGAAGCAGCGUGUUCUGGAGAAGAGGCUGUAUGCUGUGGAUGGAAGCAGCUCCUUCCUGGAAUGCAUCCCGAAAUCAUUACAGGCCCAGAUUACAUGGACCUAUCAGAGGCAUCCAGAAACCUCCCGGGAGGAGGUUCGUUUAGAUGAGCGGGUUUUGCUGACUGAGCGAGGCCUGUUGCUAAGGCGAGCCGUGCGUAGAGACAGCGGUGUGUAUCAGUGUCACGCAAUGGAACACGGUUUCACCCAGACCAUCCUCGCGAUCACGUUGGAGAUUUUGCCAUUGGCUGGCUCCGCCCCUUCAGCUCCUAUCCCUCGCAGCCCCGCCCACACCCACACCAAUCACGGGCAGUCUACCAAUCAAAAGCUGUGGUACAGGGACUUCAUGCAGUUGGUGGAUCACCCAAACUUAAACACGGUCGACCAGAUCUGCGAGCAAGUUUGGACACGCAAGCACAGCCUAUCAGGGAAGAGCUCUCCAGAUACAGCCAAUAAGGCACCGGUUCAUGACCCGCUGCACUCUAAAAAGUGGAAGCACCUGAAGGAAGUGAGGAAAGGGCGAAAUCGCAGAACACAUGAUGGGAGACCUGCCCUCAGAUCGCCGCGGAGCACGGGAGAGUAACAAGGGAUGAGAGAUGGACUGACGGAGCAAAAACCACUGGAAGUGGACAGAUUCUCAUACAGCAUCUCUUUCAUUGACUGUUUAUCACCUGUUCCUCUUGUUACCCCUGUGAUGACACUCCACUGCCUGUCUCUAUUUACUCGAUUGCCCUCAUCUCAAGUCUGAAAACUCACUCUAGUGCCCCCACGACCCCAAUCCCACUGCCGCCAGCAUCUAUUACUCCUGAUUUUAUUCAGAAAACCAUGCUCCAUCCAGUUCCUCUAAAUACUAACACAAAGUCAAGGUCCUAAAAUCCCAAAUAUCCCUUUGAAUUGCAAUUGGGAAAUUGAGGACCCAAAGACGUGCAUGAACUAUGUAAACACAGGCUCUUGUGGACACACAUUGAGUAAAUGCAUGCAUCCUCUUGUUUUCAUCUGGUUGUUGUUCUGUAUAUUAGAUUCUUCUGUCACUUUGGCCCUGAAACAGAGACCUCACAGACCCUUGACUCACCAGCAGAUGAACACCAUCACUCUUCUGUCACUGCUUGUAGACUUAAAACACAAGAUUUCAAGCAAACAAAAGGAGAAGAAACUUUUGCAGAUUUGUGAGAUCUGGUAAGGUUGUAGCUACUGUAAGAGUGUUUAAGUAAAUGUUUUUUUCAUGUAACGGUAAUUAUAUACCUUGAACGUCUAAAGAGUUCACUGAGCUUUACAUUUCUGGCGGUUCUGUAAAGUAACAAAGGUGAACUAUUUUGAUUUACUAAGUUAUGUUUCAGGUGUUCUGAUUGUGUGUUGAAUGAGACUGAGUUGGACACAACAUUAAUGUACAGGGGCAUUAUGGGUAGAAUGGUCUGAGACCAGGUGAGGAAAUAUACAGAGAAACUAUUUUAGAUUAGACACUUUUAGGUAACUUAUUUAAAACAAAAAUCUGAAAAGUUAUGCAUAUGUGUCAUAUACAGCUCUACCAUAUACAGUUUGUUAACCGUUGAUAAAAAUAAGCCUUCUGUGAGCAUCAUAUACUGGAAGAGCACAGCUAAUGUAUUAUGUUUGUGUUCUGUGUCGGUCUGAGGGCCCUCAUCUGGUGUCUGUGGGUAUUUAUGGUUUCUGCUGUGAUGGCGUUGAGAUUGGCAUUGUAAAAUAAUCAGUUCUGAUUCAUUUUUUAAUGGAUGUGAAAAUGUUUUGAGCGGAACUGGCGGACUAUCAUGUGGUAGUAUUUAUAUCCAUUUUCUAAGUUGUAGCCUACUUAAUGGUUAUUUUUUGCAUGACUUAAAACGUCUCGAUGAGCGUUUUUUUUACACAGUGGGAAGACCAUGUUUUAAAACUACAAGAUUAUUGAGAUUAUCUGUUGUUUUCAACAUAUAUUUAUGGCUCGAUAAGCUAAUGUGUUGUGGUGGUUUGAGAUAAAACUGACCUACAUGUGUAAUGUCCAUUUUGAUAGAGGAGAAUAUGAGAACAUCCUUGUGUGUAUAUUUUGAAAUAAUUCCCUUUCUUUUGAAUACGUAUUUAAAGACCUAACCUAACAUAAUUCUAAAGUAACUAUUUGAGUCAUUUAAAAGACUAUUCAAACAGCAUUUCAAACUCAUCUGAUUUUCUUACUAUUAUUUGUGACGCUUCUCAUCUUUUGAGAGAGAGUGUAAGAAAAGAGCGUGGGUGUGUGUUUCAAUGUAAGAGAGGCUCUCUAUGUGUUGUGUUAUUAAAUAUUCAGAUUUCUGUACAUUGGGGGAACGUGUGUUGCAUUUUGUGGACGUCAACAAAAGGCCAAAGUUGACACGAACACUGUAUUAUUCUCUGUGGACUGUUGCAUCAGACUGUAAAUGAUUAACACAAUAAAACAUACAGUUACUUAG